UUUUAAAAAGAUAAAUAAAAAUAAAUGGCACGGCUAGCAUGGAGCGGGGGAGUUACAAAUGGGCCUCUCUCUGCAUGGGCCAGUGAUUUGACACUUGUCUCCUUGCUGUUGGACCAGCGGGCCAUCCCAUUCGUUAGCGUGUUUGUAAUGUGCUUUGGCCUAACGACCCCCAGGUUCAGGGUUUAUUCACAGUUGUGCGCACACGCGUGCCCAGGCCCGACCUUGAGCUCUCGGGAGGGUAAGGCUGGGAGGUGCCCUGUGGUCCUGACUGCACACCGUGGGCCGGAGCCGGGCCUUCCCUCCCACUGCCGCGGAGAGGCUGGGUGGGUGUGCGUGCGUGAGCUUCCUGCUGGCCCACAGCGAGGCCCUCCAGGCCUGGGACCCUGGCCGGAACCUACUCGGACUCUCGUCUCAAGAGCACGCUCAGCUCUCUUCCGGCUGGAGGGGCUCUGAGCACCGCCAGGGUGGCUGGGUGGCGUGGGCACCGACCUGGGCGAGCCCCUCUCCCCGCGGGACCCUAGCUGGCUGAUGCCCUUGCCUGAGAUUAGAGGCCGUGUCUUGGGGCAGUUCUUGUGGGACAGCGUAGGUGCCACUGCACGUGUCUGCUGAGAUGAUAGUCAUAGCAGAGUGUCACACUGUCACCCGGCGGGGUCUAGGCUGCCGGGAACUUGUGCAGGUUCUCCUGCGCCCACACAUGCUGGGAGCAGGUGCUGAGAGUCCCACGCACGGUGCCCAAGAAGCGCCUGGCGGGCCGGGGGCUCUGCCGCAGCCCCUCACCGGGAUGUCUGUGGCCCGACAGUUCCUCCGAGUCACGAAGCAGUACCUCCCGCACGUGGCGCGCCUCUGCCUGAUCAGCACCUUCCUGGAGGACGGCGUGCGCAUGUGGUUCCAGUGGGGCGAGCAGCGGGACUACAUCGACAGCACCUGGGGCUGUGGCUACCUGGUGGCCUCCACCUUCGUGCUCCUCAACCUGCUCGGACAGCUGACGGGCUGCAUCCUGGUGCUGAGUAGGAACUUCGUGCAGCACGCCUGCUUCGGGCUCUUCGGCAUCAUCGCGCUGCAGACGAUUGCCUACAGCAUUUUAUGGGACUUGAAGUUUUUGAUGAGGAACCUGGCCCUGGGCGGGGGCUUGCUGCUGCUCCUGGCGGAGUCCCGCUCGGAGGGGAAGAGCAUGUUCGCGGGCGUCCCCACCAUGCGCGAGAGCUCCCCCAAGCAGUACAUGCAGCUGGGAGGCCGGGUCCUGCUGGUGCUGAUGUUCAUGACCCUCCUUCACUUCGACGCCAGCUUCUUCUCCGUGAGUCCUGCUCGCCUCGCCCCUGCCCUGCCCCUGCCCCUGCCCCUGCCCCUGCCCUGCCCCUGCCCUGGUGUGGACGAAGCAGAGCCCAAGGCCACGAAGGCCGAGGCUUUUGAUCCUAUUAAAGAACAAACUGUCAGGUUCUUAUGUGCCCAGAACCUGCCUCCGAACAAAUGAAGUCCAGCCUCGUGG